AUGUCUUCUUCUGAUUCGUCUUCUGAAGAUGAUGGACCGAGAACGUGAGUUUUUUGGGGGGUUUUUGUGCUGAAAAUCUGAAAAAAUGACAUGAAAUUGAAUUUUUAGUGAAAAAAACUGACUAGAAGUUUUUUCAGCAAAAUUGACCUGAAACUGAAUUUUCAGCGAGAAAUCCAUUGAAAAUAAUCCAAAACUGACUUGAAAAAAUUCAUUUUUAGUAUGAAAAAAUCUACUGUUUCAAAAUUUUCAUGAAUAUUUUGGAAGUUUUUGAGGAAUUUAAUAAUCGUUUGUUGUUAGGCAAAAUAAUUGAAAACGUUGAAUUUUUCAUUAAAACCUAGCAUUUGUGAUAAAAUUAUCGGAAUUUCGAUUUGCGUCUGAAAAUUGGCUGAAAAUCGUAGAAAACGAUCUAAAAUUUGAGCAAAACCUCCAACUGAAAAUUUUACGUUUCAAAAAUUUUAUGAAUAUUUUUGAAAUUUUUUUGAAACAUUUAUAGUUCCUUGAAUGUUCAAAUUAAUGUAGUAUUUAUCAACAAAAAAUUGGCUGAAAUCUCGAAAUUUCUGAACAAAAACCUUACUGUUUCAAAGUUUUCAUGAAUAUUUUUGAAGUUUUUGAGAAAUUUGAUGAAACAAGGUUUUUUCCCAAAAUUCUAGCAAUUAAAAAAUUUCAUGAAAAUUUGAAGAUUUAUCUGAAAUUCAGCUAAAAAUAUAAUUUUUCACCUGAAAAUCAACAAAACUUCCUUCAAAAAAUUCACUGUUUCAAAAUUUCAUCAAUAUUUUUGAUUUUUUUUUCAAAUUUGUUUAUUCGAUAUACGAGCCAACCUCAUAAUUUUCUUCAAUUUUUCAGACGUUCUCCAGCACCACCAGAAUCUCCACCACCACCACAAGAACAAGUAAAAAUUGAGAAAAAAUCGCGUGUUUUAGCUUCAGAUUCGGAUGAAGAAAUGCCAAGUGAUAGAGGAGAAGAGAAACAGAAGAAAAAGAGGAUUUUGGUGAGAAUUUUGGAGAGGAUUUGGAUGAAAAUCUGAAAAUCUGAAAAUUUAUUAAAUUUUAAUGCAAAAUAUGCCAAAAAUCACCUAAAAUUCUGAAUUUCUCAAUAGAAAAUUGAUUUUCCCCAAUAUUUCCACCAAUAAUCCCCCAAUUUUUUGCAGUCUGAAUCUCCAGUCUCCUCGCGCGAACCUUCUCCAUCUCGAACAUCCACAAAACCCAACACAACCGAUCUUUUCGGUGAUGACGUGUCAUCGUCGGACGGCGAACAUUCGCCGCGCGGCGGCCGAAAAUCGCCGAAAUCGGACGAUGAGGACGCAAAUUCGCUCCACGGAAUUGUGAUGAACACGGAUGAAUUGGAAGAAAUUGAAGAGAAACAGGAGAAUAUUGUUAAUAUUGAGGUGAGUACUGUAGCGCUCAAAAAAUCUGGAAUUUUCAGUUCUUGAAUUCCACGUGGCAUUUCAAGCUAGAAAUUCCGGAAUUUCGGCCCCAGAAAUCAUCUGAAUAUUCCAAGUUUUCAGGCGAAUCUCUCAAAAAUCCAAACCCAAUUCGAAAACGAGCCAUAUUAUGUGAAAUUGCCGAAUUUCCUGUCAGUCCAAACACAUCCUUUUGACCCCGAAAAUUAUGAAGAAGAUGAAGAUGAUGAACAAGUGAAAUUCGACGAAGAAGGAAAUACAAAACUGAAAUUGCGAGUGGAAAAUACGAUAAGAUGGAGAGAAAAAGAGGAAAUUGAUGAAAAAACGGGAGAAACGAAGAAAAUGAGAGAAUCGAAUGCGAAAUUUGUGAAAUGGUCCGAUGGAAGUAUUUCGUUGUAUUUGGGAAAUGAGAUUUUUGAGGUAUGUUGGGGAAAUUGAUGAAUUCUGUAGGAAAUUGGCAGAAAAUCCGGAUUUUUUAUCUAAAAAUUCACUAGAAAAAUUGACUCUUCCGCAGGCUUCCGGAACUGCCGCUGUUGAUUUUUUGUUCGGAAAAAAUCCGGAAAAAAACACUGUUUCAUAAUUUUUAUACCAAAAUUUUGAAACAGUGAGGUUUUUGUGAGACCGACAACAAGAAUCGAAUCAAUUUCCAAAACCAUCAAAAAUAUUCAUGAAAGUUUUGAAACAGUAGAAUUUUUAAAAAAUAUUUUCAUUGAAUUCCAACUUCAAAAAUUCAAUUUUCAGCUGCUAAUUACAGAAUUUAAUUUUUGAAGAAAAUUUUGUUAUUUAAAUAUUUGUUAAUGAAAAUUUAAAAUUUCAGAAUUGUUAUACAAAAACAUUGAAACAGUGAAUUUUUCCAGAUUUUUUUGGGUUAUAAAAAUCAUGAGAAAUAUUUGUUGCAGGUUGCAAAAAUGCCUCUAAACUCGGCAAAUCUGCCAGUUUUAUAUGCAAAACAACCUGGUGGAAUGGUUGCUCAAUCGAUAUUAACAAAUCGAUUGACAUUCCGACCACAUUCGACUGAUUCACAAACACAUCGAAAAGUAACAUUGAAUAUGGCGGAUCGUGGAAGAAAAUCAGGACAGGUUAAAGUGAUGGAUUUGGAUGUUGGAAUUAAUCCUGAAAUUGCUAGAAGGGUCAGUGAAUUUUGGAGGGGAUUUUUUGAGAUGAAAACUAUGGAAAUUGAAGAAUUUUGACUUUGAAUUGAUGAAAAUCACAAAAUUUUGAUCUAAAAAUGAUUUUGGAUCGAAUUUAAGCCUAGAGCUUUGAAAUUUCAGAAUUUACAUGAAAAUAAGAUUUUUUGAGCCUAAAAUUAUGAAAAUUGAAGAAUUUUGACCUUAAAUUGAAAAAAAAUCACAAAAUUUGGACCUUUGGGUCCCAAAAAUUACAGAAUUUUGACCUAAGGGGGUCAGUUUUGGCCUACAUUCAGACAAAAACUGGGGAAAUUAGCUACAUUUUGGUUCUAGAGCUAAUUUUGAGCUCAAAUAAUGAUUUUUGAGCUGAAAAUGAUGAAAACCACAACAUUCUGAUCUGGAAACGAUUUUUGUGCUCAUUUCAAGCCCAGAGCUUUGAAAUUUCAAAUAUUUACAUGAAAUCUAUCAAAAAAUCUGAAAUUUUGCUUAAAAAUUUGUAUAUAUUUAGUAAAGAUCUAUGCAUCGUCCAAAGUGAAAAAAAUGCGAAAAAUCAAAAAAAACGUCCAAACUGACGCAUUUUUUUUCGCAGAAAUCGCAUUUUUUCGAGCACUUUUUUUCGCGUUUUCUGGUGUUUUUCGAGCCAAAAUGGACAGAAAUUGAAAGAAUUUGUCUGAAAUUGUGUUUUUAUUGAUACUGGAGGAAAAAUCAGCGGUGAAACAUGAAAAAUGAGUUUUUCGAAAAAAUUUCGAAAAUUUUGAAAAAGUCGAAAAAAUUUGAAAUUUUCAAAAUCGUUUUUUUUCAUGUUUCACCGCUGAUUUUUCCUCCAGUAUCAAUAAAAACACCAUUUCAGACAAAUUCUUUCAAUUUCUGUCCAUUUUGGCUCGAAAAACACCAGAAAACGCGAAAAAAGUGCUCGAAAAAUGCGAUUUCUGCGAAAAAAAAUGCGUCAGUUUGGACGUUUUUUUUUUGAUUUUUCGCAUUUUUUCACUUUGGACGAUGCACUAACUUUUCACAUGAAAAUUCAUCAGAAAAUUUGAAAAUUUAGGCUCAAAAUUUUAUAUGAAAAAUUUUAAAAUCUACUGAAAAAUCUGUUUUUUGCUCUGAAAAUUCACCAAUUUUACCCAAAAAAUUGCCAUUUUCCUUCUAGGAAGCAGUUCGAAAAGAAGAAGAAGCUCUUCGAAUUCAUCAACGUCGAGCCCACGCAACUCGAUCAACAUUCAAACCCAGAAAUCGAGCAAAUUAUUCGGGAAAUUUGGGAGGAUAUUCAGAUGAUGAAGAAGGUGGAAGUUAUCGAAAAUCGAAAGGAAAAAAUAAAAGAGAAGCUCCGAUUAUUGGAGCAAGUUCAGAUGAAUCAGAUAAUGAAUUGGAUAAAAAUAAGAGAAAAGGUGGAAAAAGUGAUGAAAGUGAAGAUUCUGAUGAAGAAUAUCGAAAGAGAAAACAACAACAGAAGAAAACAAUUGUGACUAGUGAUGAGGAAUCGAAUUAA